GAGUAGCUGAGCUGGACCCUGGAGGCUAAGGAAAAGUCACAGGAAGUUGGAGGGACGCGGAGACGAGGUCAAAGGAUACGCAGGACUUUCACACCUCGAUAGGUACCUACAUAUUACACGUGUGCAAAAGAAAAGUGAAGAAAUAUCGGACGAGACAGAGACGAGAUGCAGGAAAAUCGAGCGGACGUUUCCUCCUCGAGCAGGAGUCACGCUUUUGCCCUAAAUGCGGUCACGAGAUCAUUGAUGUUCAUGCUUGUCUUCUGCUUCGCCGGAUGCGCCGCUGGCUCCUGUCUCAGCUACGGACACUCGUGUUGGGGCGCUCAUGGAAAAAGAAGCGGCUAUAAUUACCCGGCUGGUAACCGUCCGGAGAACGACGAACGUCCAGCGCUUGCAGGCGGUCCUGGAAACGAAGCUGCUGGUCAGUCCCUGCAGGAUCGGUGGGUGCUUUCGCGCCUCGUUACACGCCAGCUUUCCGCCCCCGCAGGGCCGCAAGAAUUCCAAGAAAAUUGGUACAACUCGAAUAAAGGCCGAGGGCACGCUCGCAGCUGGGGCUCUAACGACGUCGGACCUUCUUCAGCGGUCGAAAUCGCGAAGCCCCUCAGACGGGACGAAGUGGAGGUGGAGAACGACGACGAUGACGACGAGGAAGAGGAGGACGAGGAGGAAAUACGCGACGAGGUCGUUGUUCCCCGGGUAAUGUCACGCGAGGUACGAGAGCAGGUUUUGGAAUCGCGAGACAUUUCGGACGACGAUGAAUUGGUCCUUUUACCACCGUCCAAUAGCCACUUCAAACCGAUCGGACAAUCGCACAAGCUGAGAUUAUUCAAGAUUUUGAAUGGAGCAGCUGGAAAAUUGAAGUAAGAAAAUGGAGACACGGCUAACGCAACGCGACUACCGACGGCAUGUUUUAUUUAUGAAAGAAAAAAAUUAUAAAUUUAUUUAUUGACAAGUUAUAAUAUUGUUGCUAUAUUGAAGUAUUAUUAUUGUGAAUUGUUAUUCAUUAUGUCAACUUAAAGGUGUUCCGCAGGCGUGUAAUUUGUAUUUAAUUAAAGGAAAGCGGGUUGUAUUCUUGUAUAUUGCACGUGAAUGGUA